AAGCCAAGAAGAAAGCACCCUGUCCUGGACUUGGCUUGUUUUACACAUUAUUGUCUGCCUUCCUUUUCUCAAUGGCCUCUUUAUUUGUUAAAAAAGUGCAAGACGUCCAUGCUGUAGAAAUUAGUGCAUUUCGAUGUGUGUUCCAAAUGCUAGUUAUUAUCCCUUGCUUAAUAUACAGAAAAACUGGGUUUAUAGGCCCAAAAGGUCAACGACGUUUCCUCAUUCUCAGAGGAGUCCUUGGUUCUUCUGCCAUGAUCCUUAUAUACUAUGCUUUCCAGACAACGUCCCUCGCAGAUGCCACAGUUAUCUCCUUUAGCUGCCCAGUGUUUACGUCUCUGUUUGCUUGGAUAUUUCUCAAGGAAAAGUAUAGCCUUUGGGAUGCUUUGUUCACCUUGUUCACAAUCACUGGAGUGAUCCUUAUCGUGAGACCACCAUUUUUGUUUGGUUCCAACACUUCGGGGAUGGAAGGAAGCUAUUCAGUCCAUCUUCAGGGAACAUUUGCAGCUAUUGGACAUGCCGUGUUUGCUGCAUUGACUCUAGUUAUCCUAAGAAAAAUGGGAAAAUCUGUGGACUACUUUCUGAGCAUUUGGUACUAUGUCAUACUUGGCCUCACUGAAAGCGUCAUCGUCCUCUUUAUACUAGGAGAAUGGAGUCUGCCUUACUGUGGGCUGGACAGGCUGUUUCUCAUACUCAUUGGGCUGUUAGGUUUGGGGGGUCAGAUAUUCAUCACAAAAGCAGUUCAGAUAGAAAAAGCAGGACCUGUGGCAAUGAUGAAAACAAUGGAUGUAGUCUUCGCUUUUGUCUUUCAGAUUAUUUUCUUUAAUGAUAUUCCAACCUGGUGGACAGUGGGUGGUGCUCUUUGUGUAGUAGCCAGUAGUACUGGAGCAGUUAUUCGCAAAUGGCUCCAGAGUUCCGAAUGAAACAUCAUUGCUGAAAUCUAGGUUUUUUUAAACAUCAUCAGCCAUUUGAGACGUACCACACACAUAGACACACACCCGGAAAAUCUGCAUUUAUUCCUUGAUUAUAUUUAAUAAAUUUUAUAAACUACCAUUUUUGAAUAUGGUAUGUUUUCAAUUAAGAAUAGCUAGUGUGUUUGGUGUAUAAAGUUUUUUGUUAGCUUUUGAUUUUGUUUGGUUUUCUUGUUAGGGUGGUACUGAUGAGAGGAGAAAGCUUAUUAUUUGAAGAAAAACUGCAAAAAUUUGAUGACUAAUAUAUAUUUUUUAAAUAUAUUUUUGGUACAGGUGGGAGAUGGGUUGGGGAAAUUUUAGACAUUCUUUUAGUGGUAAGGAGCCUAAGAAACAAUGCUGCUAUAAUUAUUAUGUUAAUUUAUUUGCAACAUAAUUCCUUCUAGGACACCAAAGCUGAAAUUUGGUAUAGGUGCCUACUUACUGGUAUUAAUACAAAUGAAUUGCCUUAUUUUCAAGGGUUUUAUAAAUGAUUGUUACACUUUUAACUCAUACCUGUGCCUUUUCAUUUUAAUGCUGGGACUUUUAUAUGUGACUCCUAACAAGUCUUUAAAUUGCCAAAUUUGGUGAACAGUUUUGUUUCAGUGGCAUUAGCAACUAGCUAUCAUUUUAUAAUUUUAAUUGUCCUCUGUUUUAUUGAAAGUACACUAAUUUAUGUAAGAUUUCAAGAUUUCCAAUCUUUAAGUCACAAGACAGAAAUCUUAGCAUAACCAGUGUGCACAUUUCCAUCUUGAAGUGUUUGCUCCUCACUCUAGAUGUGAUUUUCUAUAAAUUCUCUUUGAUUUAUUGUAUGAUGCCAAAUAAAAUUUUCUCAGGAUCUUACUAGGUUGAACAGUAAGAAAUUGCAAAGAUUUGACCAUUUUAAGUGAUAAAACCCAUAGUUUCACAAAGGUCACCCUGAUAUCUUUGUUGCUAAAUCCAACACUCAGGAUUUUGGACUAUAUAUUUUUUAAAUAAUUUUUUGAAGUACAAUUCUAUUUUGCUUCCUAUUAUAGUCUUUUUUUCCCCUGUGGAAUUAUAUGUAAAAAUGCUUACGUUAAACAUUAAAGAUACGUGAAUAUACA